AUAAAUUAUUAAUGGAAAUAAAAUAAUGAAAUAAGGGAAAAUUAGGGAGUUGAGCGUCUUCACAACCACGGCCAAUCGCCGCCGCAUCCUAUCGCCGAAUUUCAAUUUCUGUGCACCAGCAAGAUGAGCGCAAAUGAUCCUCAAUCCAUGGAAAAGGUGUACGAUCAUAGAUUCCAGCGAACCGAUCAAUGGAUGCCGGUUUACUCAUGGCUGGAAUCACUCGACACAGAUGAGUUGAUUAAGUCCAAAGACGUCGUCGAUUGGCUCACGGCCAACCCUGAAAUCAGAGACGACUUGUACGCUAGGCAUUCGCGCUACCAUUUGAUGCACUACAUUAAAAAGUGUCAUGUCAAAAUCCUCAAGCGCAAGGAAAAACAGGGACUUAUUAUUGCUAAACUACCUCCCUCAAACGUUGAUCAGAAUUCUGAAUUCAAAGCACCUUCUUCACCACAUUUUACUGGCAAUAACUUAAGCAAUAUUCCUAAAGACAGCGAGCUAUAUAAAGCAAAACGCAGUGAGGCUCUCCGCAAGUAUGAGAUUUUAGUUGAGCUGGAGAAACAACUGAUACCACUCUUUGGUAAACAAGAAAAGCAGUAAGCAUCUCACAACCUCGGCUUUCUGAUUCUUAUCUUGCUAAUGACGAACGCCCAUCUGUUUACCUGCAAAACCAAUGCUGUUUCUGUUAAUUUAUAGUUUAGAUUUUCAACAAUUUUGAUGCAGUUAGUGUAUGAUUACAAAUUCACUGUGUGUACAGGCUUGUAACUCUAAGUAGAGGCUGCUACAAGAUUAAGUAUGCUAAACUAUUUUCUGAAUAUACAAAAUCCCAUAAAAUCUGUGUAUGUUAA